AAAAAGUACAAGAUGGUUAAUGGAAUUUUCCUAUUUAAAAAGGAAACAUAAAAAUUGAAAAAAGGAAAUAAAACUUAAUAAAAAGGAAAUUAAAACGGAAACCAUUAUAUCAGUAGACUUGGGUUCUGAAGGCAUAAACUUAGAGAGAUUGCAUCGUCUUCAUCAUCGUCAAGUAGUCAGGUCAAGUUUCGAGCUCCAACAAUGAAGGAAACCGUACGAUUCAGAUCCGAAGUGGACGUCAUCUUCCGACAAUCUUCAACAGGUUCCAUAGGUUUCAUCAUAAAACUCCGACAACUCCAACGUUCCAUCCGCCGGAGAUUUUCCGGUCACGAAACCCUCACCAAUCAAUCCUCGGCUUCUACUCCAUGGAAUUUCCGGUCCCAGAUUCCGACAGAGUUCCUUCAUUCCCAAGAAACCUGUCGUCGAUACAUCGAACGCGUACUGUCUGAGAAAAAUCUCAACCGUUGGAUCCAGGAACGACUUGCGACUCAUAUAAGCGAAUUCGCCGCUGUCAUAAGCCGCCACCUUGUAGGAGGAGAUUACGUGAUUGUAGCCGAUGCGGAAAUCGUAAACGAGAGCUUGAUCGAUGAAGCCGAGGAACGGAAGAAGAUGGACUGUUCCAUAUGUCUGGAGGGAUUAUUAUCCGACCAGAAAGUGUGCAUGGACAUACCUUGCUCGCACGUUUUUCACAGAGAUUGUAUCUUAGAGUGGUUACAAGAUCACGAGUCUUGCCCGCUCUGCCGUCGUUCUGUAAACAAUCCUUGACGUUAAACGUUAAUAAA